AUGGUGGAUAAAUGUUGUCAGGUUUCUUUUAAUGGUGUUUGCUUAUUUAUGCUAGAGGUCCUAAAGCCUCAUAAUUUAGAGCUUUUCUGUGUUCUGGCUUGGUCUAUUUGGAAGGACAGGAACAAUUUGGUCCACAAUGACAUCUCAAAACCUUUAAAUGAGCUGUUGGAGGAUGCUAGCUUGUACCUGGCGGGAUUCCAACGAUGUCGUGUUAUCAACUCUGCCCCUACUACUAAAGUUUCGGCACCAACUUCUUGGUCAGCUCCUCCUACUGGUGAACUAAAAUUAAAUGUUGAUGCAGCUGUUGUCGAGCAGGCGGAUUUUUUCUCAACAGGAGGAGUGAUCCCCAACUCAAAUGGGGUAGUCUUGGGUGCUUUCUGUAGGAGACAUUUUAGCUCGGUCUCGCCGUUCAUUGCCAAGGGUCACGCGAUGAGGGAUGGCCUUUUGUUUGCAGCAGAAAAUGGUUGGAGAAUUCAGAUGGUGGAGACUGAUGCUCUGAAGGUUGUUUCUAGUGUUAAAACUAAAUGUUUCUCUGGCCUUCAUGACCCCGGUUUGUUAACGGGGGUUGCUCACACCCUUGCUAGAUUUGGCUUGGCCAAUGAUGGCUUUUCUUCUUGGGUGGAGUCUCUUCCUAGCUGGUUAUCCAGCUUUGUUUGUACUGAUUUUCUUCCAGUUUAA